AUGGCCCCCGCGAUCCCCACAAACCAGCGAAAGUUCGAGCUGAACGAUGGUCGGAAAAUUCCAGCGAUAGGCCUUGGAACUUACCUUUCUGCCCCAAAUGAGGUAACUCAGGCUGUUGUAGCUGGCUGGAAGUGUGGUAUGAGACACUUCGAUUGUGCUCAAUUCUAUCAGAAUGAGGAAGAAGUUGGCGAAGCGUUGAAGCUUUUGUCUCACGAGCCUGGAUACAAUCGUGAAGAUAUCUGGAUAACCAGCAAGGCUUGGAACUCUCCUGUGUUUUGGCCAUUCCUGACUAUUACUAGCCACCAUCGCCCCGAAAAUGUGAAGAAGGCACUGAACCAAACACUGAAAGAUCUUGGAGCUGACUACGUUGACCUUUAUCUGAUUCAUUGGCCGGCCAAUUUUGCAGCGGUUCCAGAUGUCAAUUCGGCGACUGGGAUCUCUUUGACCCCAUCUCAAGAUGGAAACAUGUUUCUUGACAAGGAACUAAGUCUCGUCGACACGUGGAACGCUAUGAUUGAAUUGAAAAAUCAAGGAAAGGCUAAGAGUAUUGGUGUGAGCAACUUCAGUCCUAGGCACAUUCAAAAAUUGAUUGAUAGAACGGGGGUUGUACCUGCGGUCAACCAAGUUGAGGCUCAUCCUCUAUUGAAUCAACAAGAUCUGCUUGAUUAUUGUAACAGCAAAGGCAUUCAUAUAACGGCAUAUAUGCCGUUUGGCGGCGAUGCCUCAAGAGGAGGUAAUCAAGUCCUUGGAAGCCCAGUCGUCCAGGAAAUUGCAGCAAGGACUGGAAGGCAAACAGGACAGGUGCUAGUCUCGUGGAGUAUCAAGCGUGGAUUCUCAGUCCUGCCCAAAUCUGUCAAACCUCUUCGCAUAGAGGCUAACUUUCAAGCCUUUGAUCUUGACGAUAAGGAUCACGAAUUGCUAACAGACCUGGGCAAAGUUGCCGUCAGAUUUGGUGGUAUCCCCUAUACCUUUGACCCAGCAUGGGAA